AUGUCCUACAAGAAGAAGACCAUCACCCGUUCUCUCCCCCAUCAACCAUCAUCAGCAAAAGGCUGGUCAGCGCUGCUCGACCUUCCCACUCCCCUCCUGCUAGUACUGGACAACCCAUCCCGCCUCUCUCCUUCUGCCCUCAUCACUCUGAGCAGGGCACACGAGCUCACCCAUGGUCGGAUCUCCGUGCUCCUAUUGAGUGAGUGUGCUUGGGAUGCCUACAGACCUGUGGAGGCGUUGCAGGGGUAUACGCUCUACCUUCCUCCGCUUUCUAUAUCUGAAACAGCCAACUUCCUUCGUUCCCUCUUCCCCUCCUCCCCACCCAGCUCAUCCCCUAACACCACAACCACAACCCAGCCAACACCUUACCACCCCACCCUCCUCCCCCUCUGGACAGAAUACACCCGUUCCCUGCUCAGCACCUUCUCCCCAUCCUACUCCACCUGCCCGCUCCUCCUCGCCCGGCUCGCAGUAAGCAGAUGGGGAUGGUUCGUCAGUCCCGUUCUGGGGGAAUGGCGUUACCUCCUUGAACGUGAGCGUCCAUCUUCCAGCCCGGAAGGAGAAGCAGGAGAGAAGGUUGAAAAGGACGACGGACUCCCCUUCCUGCUUUCGUCGCAGGACGUGAUCAAGCUCAUCCGGUAUACGUUUUCCCCUUCCUACACUCAUUCGGUACACCAGGGCCUCCCGCCUCCUCUCCCUAGCGGAGUGCCUAGGCUAAGAAACCCCGCGGAUUGGCUCAACCUCAACCUCAACCUCAACCUCAACGUCCCUCAUCCCGACCCUGCCCCCGCGAAUGGGAAUACGAACCUGCCACGCCUGUCCGAAAUAGGAAGAUGGACACUCCUAGCCUCCUACAUCUGUUCCUCAAACCCAGCACGUACAGACCUGAAGCUCUUCGGGACCCAAGCCGAGCAGAAACGGAAGCGCCGGCGGGGCAGAGCAACGAGGUUAAGGAAGAAGAAGGAUGUGAAGGGGGAAGGGAAAGACCGGCUUUCAGGGCGCGAUCUUGGUCCUUCUGCGUUGGGGACCGAACGCUUGCUCGCAGUGCUCCGCAGCCUGUUGGCGCUUCAUCUCCCUCCCCGGGGGAAAGCGCUCCAGCGAGGGAUAGGAACUGCUUUGAUGAGCUCUACACUUGCCGAGCUGGGGGAGAGGAGGCUGCUUGUCCGACCUCUCUCCGGUGGAGGGGGAGUGGGGGGAGAAGGGUGGAGGUGCGCCCUUAGGUGGGAAGGGGCGAGAGCGCUGGGCAGGGAACUGGGGGUUAGGGUCGAGUUGCUGCUUUGGGAGUAG